AUAAAAUUAUUGCAAUAUAAAUAAAAUAGAGCAGUGAAACUCUAAUGGCUUAUAAUUACAGAUACGAAAGCAACAAAGAGAAUGGUCAUGGGACUACAGAAAUGACAGAUAUUCCUAAUAUUAGAUCAAAGAUCAAUUAUGCUAAGGACUCAAAAGCUGAUCAUUCAAGGAGCGUUUCUCCUUCGAAAUAUGGUACAGGACCAUCUGGCGCGAUAUCAUCUUCAGAUGUUGUGACCAUGAACGAGAAGAAAGUUAGAGAUAAUAUUAAAUUCGCAAAUAAUUCUGGAAGUAUUGGGCCAUAUUUGAAGUUUGACCAGACAACUCCUUCUCCAAAAGUUCCAAAAGUAGGAGCUCCAGCCACCUCAUAUGCAUCUAAUUUUAGUCCAGGAAAGAGCCGGGAACCAGCCAAACUUUCUCUUAAUGACUCUUACAUAUCUAAGAGGAGCAAUGGAAAUCCUUCUAUGGGAUUGCGCCAUAUGGCCAAUGGAGAUGCUAUGUAUGGAAGAGGGCCACUUAACAGUUCAAUAGAUUUCAAAAGUCCUGGAUCUAACAAACCCAUCUACGCAAAGAGUAUGAACCUGGACAAAACUGACGAUUUUAGGUUCAAAAAGAAUUUGACGACUAAUGCAGAUAGAAUUUUGGGGAAACCAGGAGCUCCUGCCUAUUCACCGAUGAUAAGUAAUUCUUCUAAGUUUGAUGAGCUCAAGAGAAGUCCUCAUGGUUAUGACACUGAUGCCAAUAAUUAUAAGAAGCCAGAGAUGCAGCACUAUAGAACAAUUAACAAUGUAGGAGUCCAAGAAAAUUACAACUCGAAUAAUAUUGUCAAGCCUCAUUCUCCUAGAUCAAAGCAUGCUGAGCCUGCUGGGGGAUACAAUGCUGCUCACUUGAAGAGAACAAUGGGUUUGGCUCCUACAGAUGCAAUCAAUUAUUCUCCUUCGUUAAAGCCAGGAAUGAGCCCAACUAUCAGUACUAAGAAGAUGGUUACUAAUACUUCAGUACCAACUCUCAAUGAUCCUUCCUUCCACAGACACAAGAACUUUAACAGCUAUGGUUUUGAUACCAUUAAUGGAGUACAGAAGGGAUCUACUUACAGAGAGUUAUAAACAUUGAAUCUCUCAAAAAUCAGGAAGAACCAGACCCAACUCUUCAUACCCACUCCUAGCACCAUAAAGCUUCUUAUACCUAUAAGACUUUAGAAUACACAUCUCUG